UUGGCUGUGGCUGACUGUCAGUCUGUGAGUCUGUCGGCAAGAUGGCGCUGCGAGCUCUGGUCGGUGUCAAGCGGGUCAUUGACUAUGCAGUGAAGGUAAGAGUAAGGCCCGACAAGACCGGAGUGGUAACUGAUGGCGUCAAACAUUCGAUGAACCCUUUCUGUGAGAUCGCAGUGGAAGAAGCUGUCCGACUAAAGGAAAAAAAGAUUGUCAGCGAAAUCAUUGCUGUAAGCUGUGGGCCCCAGCAAUGCCAGGAAACUAUCCGGACAGCACUGGCAAUGGGGGCAGACCGUGGUGUUCAUGUGGAUGUGUCUGCAAAGGACGCUGAAAGCCUUGGACCCUUUCAGGUCUCGAAGAUCAUUGCUGCUCUGGUCAAGAAGGAAAAUGUCAACCUUGUGCUUCUGGGAAAGCAAGCCAUUGAUGAUGACUGUAAUCAGACUGGACAGAUGACCGCUGCUCUGCUUGACUGGCCUCAGGGGACGUUUGCAUCUGAGGUGAAGGUGGAUGGAGAGAAUGUAACCGUAGUUCGGGAAGUGGAUGGAGGUCUGGAGACCAUCAGACUGAAACUACCUGCUGUCAUAACUGUUGACUUGCGUCUUAAUGAGCCGAGAUAUGCUACUCUCCCAAAUAUCAUGAAAGCAAAGAAGAAGAAAAUUGAAAAUGUGAAGCCUUCAGAUCUGGGGGUGGACAUUUCAAGUCGAAUCCAGAUUUUGAGUGUGGAAGAUCCUCCACAGAGACAGGCUGGGGUUAAAGUGGAGUCUGUAGAAGACCUUCUAUCCAAGCUGAAGGAAAGUGGGCACAUCUAGCAGGCAGAGGGAUGCUGAAAAUCCAACUUGUUAAAUCAGAUUUCGUAACUGCAGGUUGUGAUAACACCUGGCCGAGCCGUCCCGAACACCCACCGGUGCCUUUCUUCAGCACUGCCGGUCUCCGAUCACGAUUGUACAAACCUCUUUGUCUAGCCUCUCCAGGAGCGGGAGAGGGAGAGGGAUGAAGGACAGAAACUUCAGGAAUAAAAAAGUCAACUACUUGUCUUUCCCUGUAAUUAAGCCGCAUCUAUAAAUAAAAUGUUUCUCCUUUGAACGUUCGGACUUUGAGUUUAACAGUGAUUAUUUAAUGGGGUCAUUGUGUAGGGGUUGGAACGAGCUGUGUACAGCUGUAGAAAGGAGUCUCUGUAUGAAAGCAUUGAUGUAGGCUGUUCUUUAAUAUACGGUGCUCUCAAUGCUUUACCUCUGUUAUUACACGUUAAUAAACCUAUUUGAAUGUGUUCCAAGGGGACGCUGAACUUGGA